AUGAGAUAUUUGUAAGUCAAAAGCAAAAUAUUUUAAAUGUAUCUAAGAGGACUGCGAGGGUUUUUCCAACCCUAAGAUACAACAGUGAAUAAGAGAAAAAUGAGAAUGUUUUUAAGUCUUUUGUUUUCAUUAUAUUCAUAUGGAUGGAUUUAACAUAAUUGGUUGAAACAUGAAUUUGAUAUUAGAAAAUAACCAAACUUUUUGAUUCCAAUUUGGGUUUAUCAUGCUAGAAGAGAGCAUUAUAUAUAUUACGAACAAUCAAGAUUGGCUAGAGGAUUGACUACUACAUUCUCGUAUUAUGAUUGGGAUCCAGUUUCAUAGAUGGUUUGCUAUACAGAUAAACAAGGUAAACAAAAAUUUGAGAAAAGCAUUUUCAAUAGAGAGAGACUUGAUAUUAUUGAUAAUGCUCUUUUUGAGGAGAUUUUUAGGGGAGAAAUGACGUCAGAAAAAAUAAAACGAGGAUCACUAUUGGUAGCCUACGAAUUGAAUUGCAAGAAUAGAUUUGAUUUAGAUAAUUAUUUACAUUACAAACCUAUAAACCCUAUGGAUUUUAUUAGAGGGCUGCAUUUUUAAUUUUAUGUCCAAUUAGGAUUGACAAACUAGUAUCGAUAUGAUCAUUUCAUAUCUAAACCUGAUUGGCUGUAUGAAUGGGAGUAAUGGAAGAUUGAAUUAAAUGGAAUGGAUCGAUUAAAUUAUUUUAAUAAAUUCGUCUCAUAGAAAUGA